GUUCUCUUUGAGGCACAAAGAUGAUGUCUACAAAUAACUUAGAGGAAUUAGUUCACUUGUAAAAUAUCCUAGAAAUAUUUUGAACUAUUUCUUUUGCGAUUGCAAGCUCACUGCUGAACUGCAGUGGUUUUUAUUGUGACUUUUUAAUUCCAACUGAAGGUCUGCUUCAUUUUAAUUCUGUUUAACAUUUUUUUUUUCCUUUUUUGUACAAAUGAUCAAAUACAGAAACGUUACAAAUGUGAAAGAGUUUAUGAUCAUUGGCUUCCCUGGACUUCCACCAGAGUACUAUGGCAUAGUAUCGUUUGUUCUCUUACUUGUUUUUAUUGCUAUUGUAUUUGGAAAUGUUUUUAUUCUUGCUGUCAUCAUAUGUGAGCGGACUCUCCACAAGCCAACGUACAUGAUCUUUUUAAACCUUGCAAUGACAGACCUGUUCUUUGGCAUUGUAACACUCCCAAAAAUCAUCGCCAGAUAUUGGUGGAAUGAUAUGAUGUGCUCGUUUGGAUUUUGCUUUGCACAGAUGUAUUUUGUUCACUCUCUGGGAGCGAUUCAAUCGUUAAUUUUGCUGAUGAUGGCUUUGGAUCGCUUUGUUGCUGUAUGUUUUCCAUUUAAAUAUCCAGUUUUAUUUACAAACAAAAACAUUUCUAUUUGUUGCGGCUUGUGCUGGAUUCUGACUUUUAUACGGAUGACGGGAAUUGUGCUACAUGCGCUGACGUUGCCCUACUGUGACCUUAAUACCAUCAUGCAGUGCUACUGUGAUCAUAAUUCCGUCACCAAGCUGGGAUGUGGGGAUGAUGUUGCUUAUGUAAAAAUGGUUGCAUUUGCAAAUGCAAUGGUCACUCUCUUAGUUCCUCUAACAUUUAUAAUUAGUUCUUACUUUUCUAUCAUUAUGGCUGUUGUGAAAAUGUCUGCCUCUGGGAGGGAUUACAAAUUCCUGUCCACAUGUGCCCCUCAACUCUUCAUUACCUGUCUAUACUACGUGCCAAGAUGUAUUGUAUACAUUACUGAUAAUUUGGGAAUCAAAUUUAGCCCUGAUGCUCGUAUUAUUAUAACAAUGCUGUACAGCCUCAUACCUGCAGCCGUCAACCCUGUGAUAUACUGCUUGAAAACUAUGGAAAUAAAAAACGCUUUGACCCAGAGAUUCAGUAAUAGGAAAAUAAAUCUUGCAUUUCAAAAUGAGACCAAACUUGUGACGAGUAAACAUGUAUAGAUUUACUACAUAAAAUUUAAUGUUGGUUUUAGUUCAUGAAAGUUUUUUUUUUGUUUGUUUGUUUGCUUAUAAGUUAUAAGAGCAGUUUGGCAUGUAGCACAUAUAUCCUGUGUUUAACUAAAUUAUUUAAAAAAAGAAACAAGACAACCAUUUGCAAACAUAGAAGAUGUUUAACAUUUAAAGAUUGAACGUGAAUAUGCUUUAGAUAUUUAAAGACAGAUCUUCUUUUUUUUCCUGAAAUUAAAACAUUAAUUCUCUAUGUCCUUUUAAAAUUUGCUUUUGUGGUUGUUAAUGUAAGCAGUGCAUUUCAUAAGGUUCUGAUGUAAUUUGGCCUCGUUGUACGUCAGAUGAAUUGACUGA